AUGGUGGAUUUCUGUGUCUGCCAGGAAAUUCUGGGAUUCAUGUCAGGCUCCGAAUCAGUAUCGCAACCCAACAUGAAAUCCGGCCUCAAGGUCCAUCUCGUCGUAACACAUGGACUGGAUAAAGAACAAGAAAAUGUCAGCCAAAAGCAAUCACCUGCGAUGCCUCUGCGUGCGAAUUGGAUGCCCCUCACUAAAGGCAACCUCAAAAUUGGAGAACAUUCAGGCUGGCACGAGUCUAUGGCGUUCCCAAGGUCCGUGAAUGAGUCCACAAGGCUUUUCGUCGAGGAAGGUUAUCCAUGGGCCUUUGGUCAGAUGCGCAAUGAUGAUCGUUUGAGCGUCGAUGGUAUCGUGACACGUCCGGGCCAAUCACUAAUUUGGGACGACAAAAAACAUUUCGAUGGUUUUGUAGACCCCCGGUCAGCUGAUCUCAUGAAACGCGCAGGUCACUCGGGAAAGAAUCUUGGUACAUACCUAAGCGUAACAAUUUCCAAUACCGAGAUGCUUCAACCGCGGGCUGCAAAUGCCAAAGAGCGUUUUUGUAACCCGGAAGAUGAGGAACACCGACUCGCUGGAGGGAACGAUUGCAAUCCGAUUUGA